AUGGGCAAACAACGCAAAGGGACCCAGUCUCACAAAGCUUACAAGCCUAGAGCUGGCGAGCUGUUCAAUGUGAUCUUGUCGAUGCAAUACCGUGGAAGAAAAGCCGACGACUUCAAGCCUUUGUCCUUUUCCUCUGCGCAGGGCAUUCAACAAGCGAUCCGCGCUCUUGAACUGGAAGACGACCUUAGAGACAUGGGACUACCCAGACUCAAAGGGGUGGACUGCAUAUCCAGAUCUUCGUUUGGUAACCCAUUCACGCUCGAGAUCCUGUUCCCAGACUGCGAUGCAGGUCAGCCCUCUGAGAUGUCGUUCCACUCGUUCUACAAACGCUAUUCGGAGGACCCGCGCGCGCUGGAAUAUAUGGACAUCAAGAGCAUAUAUAUAUACUUUCUCCCACGAACUAGGACAAGGCUCGAUAGGUCUUGCUACGCUCCAUAUGUCUUAAAUCGACCGAAGGAUGGGUGGAAAGCUUGGGAUCCAGAGAAGUACUCGAAUGUGAACGGCUAUCUUGUCCGCAGCGGUCUGGAUCUCACACCUUCUGGACGCAUACGUGCUCAAUCACCCUCCUCCGCUCGUCACGAGAGUCCGGAUACGGCACGCACUCCCAGGGAAGGACCUUCUUCAGGGUCUUUGGCACGCUAUGCAAGUGAUUUCGGCACGGCUGGAAACCAGCCCAGUAGCCCAAACGCCACUGUUGACCCGAGGACGCGCCCUCUGUUGCCCAUCACUUCCUCUUUAGCAGAGCAGACUCCGCCACUUGCCGCGACCGCGAUAUCGUCCGCGUCAACAUCUAUCGCAGACGCUAUACAGUCGUUCUCAAAGCUCAUCACUCAGAAGGCCAUGACAGCUGAGAGUCCGAUAGCGGCCCUAUCAUCUAUACCUCCUAUUACGGAUGUACCAACAUCUAGCGAAUCUGAUCCGAACUGCAGUACUGAACUCGAUGGCUUGAGAGCCGAGCUGCAACAGAGCUCUACGCAGCGCGAUCUGCAGCGCAUCCGCAUACGAGAGCUCCAACAAGAGCUUGCAACUGAACGGGAGGUGCGACUUAAAGUGGAAGAUACUCUUCAAGAGGAACGCGAACUAUUAGCGACCGAGAGGAGGAGGCUAGACGAGGCGCAACAAGAAUGCCAAGCACGGUUUCUUGCCCCCGCACUCUUAGACGCUUUUCUAGGUGCAACAGUUAUGGCACACUCUGUGUAG